GCGCCUGACAUCCCGGAAGUGGAGGCGUUGUCGUCAGGCCACGUGUUGGGGUGUAGAAGACAGCGGGGAGAAGUUUUUGCUCGGUGUGUGUUCUCAGAGAUCGGUUCCUGCUCACAUAGAGAUGGCUGUCCGCGCUUCCUUCGAGAAUAACAAUGAGAUCGGCUGCUUCGCCAAGCUGACAAACACCUACUGCCUGGUGGCCAUUGGAGGCUCGGAGAACUUCUACAGUGUUUUUGAAGGGGAGCUUUCAGAGACAAUACCUGUUGUCCAUGCAUCAAUAGCCGGGUGUAGAAUUAUUGGAAGAAUGUGUGUAGGAAACCGUAAUGGCCUUCUAGUUCCAAGCAACACAACAGACCAGGAGCUCCAAAAUAUAAGAAACAGUUUGCCAGACUCAGUUCGUAUCCAGCGAGUGGAGGAGCGUCUGUCCGCCUUAGGGAAUGUGAUAGCCUGUAAUGACUAUGUAGCGCUGGUUCACCCUGACCUUGACAGGGAGACGGAGGAGAUUUUGGCAGAUGUCCUGAAAGUAGAGGUAUUUAGACAGACUGUUGCUGAUCAAGUGCUGGUUGGAAGUUACUGUGCUUUCAGCAAUCAAGGAGGUUUGGUGCAUCCUAAAACAUCAAUAGAACACCAAGAUGAGCUAUCGGCUCUUCUCCAGGUCCCCCUUGUGGCUGGAACAGUGAAUCGAGGUAGUGAAGUCAUUGCAGCAGGAAUGGUUGUCAAUGACUGGUGUGCUUUCUGUGGUCUGGACACAACAAGUACAGAGCUGUCAGUAAUAGAAAGUGUAUUCAAAUUAAGUGAUGCCCAGCCAAGCACUAUUGCCACUAGUAUGAGAGACUCCCUCAUUGACAGUUUAACAUAAGGUUCCAUUUACAACCAUGAUCAUGACUGGUGAAGUUCAUCUGCUUCCUGUACUCGACCUAAACUGAACACUGAACUGCUACCAGAUGUCAUCACAGCUGUAUCGAAAUAUUUAAUUGUGAGCUGAAAUCUACAAAUCCCAUCCCUUUUGUUGCACCCAAGAAGGAAGCGUAUGUGUAGAUGCGCUGAUAAUAAUCAAUAUAUUGCAGAUUGAGCUAGGUUUCACUUUGCUUCCAAGCAUGACUUGUCUACUAACAAAAAUUAGAAUUUUAAGCUUCUGUUAACGUUUAAUUACAAGCAGAUAUGUAAAAUAAAAUUUGUAUUUUUUUCAUCCAUUAAGUGUAUGUAAUGGAUUCUGUUUUGAUGAUGUCCUUUCACAGCAGAAAUGUGGGCUGAGUGUACAAUAAAGGAAGUAUCUCUGCACAUUAGUUGGGUGAACCAGUAUUCCUCCCCUCUGUCAUACUGAUCCAAAGGCUUCUCUACUUUAGUAUCUGACAUAACCAGUGUAGUGCCUGGUCUCUGUCAGAUUUUCAUAAAGUAAGCCAGGCCCUCUAGUAUUGAGUCUCAAUAAAAAUCUGAUCAAUUCUUCA